GUUCCUGGAGUUACAUGCGCGCAUGCUACUACACCAACUGGUCUCAGUUUGCUUCCAAUUACCAGUUCUUCCCAGCGCGUAUACCCCCGCUGCUGUGUACUCACAUCAUAUUUGCUUACGCCGACAUUAGAGCUACCAACAUCACUCCAAACGAGUUUAAUGAUGUCAUCAUGUACACACGUCUCAACAGACUCAAGCGAGACAACCCAUCUCUACAGAUCAUUUUGGCUGUUGGAGGCUGGGCAGCCGGGGGCGAGAGGUUCAGUAGGCUUGUGUCUCGCGAGGCUUCCAUGAAUCAGUUUACCACCAACCUCAUCAACUACACCAGGAGACAUGGUCUGGACGGAAUCAACAUCGACUGGCAGUACCCCACGGCUGGAGACAGAGGUAGCGACGUCAUAGAUCGGGAGAGGUUUACCAGGUUGCUGCAGUGCAGCCACACUACACCACACAUUUGGGCUCGGGUGCCGUUUGAGUGGUUGGUUGGUUUUUGGUACCUGGACUUUGCUUAUCUCAUGGCCUAUGACAUGCACGGACAGUGGGAUUCCAACCUGGGAGCUCUUCAUCAUUCUCCUCUAGAUCCAGAAAUUCGUACAUUUGUUCUGGGGUGGAUUCAGGCCGGGUUCCCAGCAGAGAAACUAGUCCUUGGUGUUGCCGGUUUUGGUCGAUCUUUCAGCUUAACGUCGGAUCCGUCGGGCUCUGGUCUAGGACAACCCGUGAGUGGUGGAGGGGCAGCCGGAGCCUUCUCUGGGGAGCCUGGCCUGCUAGAUUAUGGCGAGCCACAACAGAAAACAAUUCUUUGUUUUGCAUCCAGGCGGCUGAUUGCGAGCUGUAGACAGGAUUCUUGA